UAUCGUUCGAGCUUCAGCAUAUUUCUUUAAGGCAGCAGCUUCAACGAUGGCUACUUCAAUCUUUCAUCGGAAGAGAGAUCUUGUGUAUCUCGUCUUCUUUCUGAUUCAUCUCCCGGUUAUGCUUGCAUUCGACCUGACUUCAUUCUAUCCCACGUCCAUUAAGCCGGCCUGGAUGCCCCAAGUACGAGCUUGGUAUUACAAUACUUAUGGAGAUCGAUUUUUCUCUGAGCCGCCAUCCUGGUUCACACUCUACACUCUGCUCGAACUAACUUACCACCUCCCCCUUACCCUCUGGGCGAUCCCAGCUCUCUUACGCAACGACCCUCGCAUCCCACUACAUCUACUAAUCUUCGGCCUGCAAACUACAAUCACGACACUCACGUGUAUGGCGGAGAUGCUGAGUUGGGAAGAGUUGAAUGAGAAGCAGAGGGGAGUCCAGGGGUUGGGUGGUAUGUAUGGGGGGUAUUUGGGUCUCGGCUGGAGGAUGUGGAAGGAAAACUCGUCUUGGGUUAUGGCCGGGCGCCGGGCUAACUUUAGCAUAGGAGUAUUCAUGGCAGUUGACUGCUACGCACGUCUUGAUCAAUUGCUUUCUAAGACGAAGGGCAUCGAGCCUGUUACGAAAAAGGAACUCUAA